AUAUCCUCUUUCCUUAAAACACACGUGUUUCAGUAAUUCUAACCUAAUAAUUGUUUACAAUAUUAGCAAUAUUUUUCAAAUAUUUUAUUUAACAACUUUGUCAUAAAUUUAGAAAUAUAUUAAGAACAACCAAGAUAUUUAAUAUUUUUAUACCACUGGAAGAACAACAAUAAUUCUACGAUGGCGGAAUUGUUGAAGGAUCCACGUUUUGCGGAUAUUCCAAAAAAUCCUAAAUUCAGAGGUAUGCCGAAGAAUGAAAGAAAAAUAAAAAUAGAUAAAAGAUUCAGUUCAAUGUUGAAAAAUAAAGAAUUUCGUGUAGUUUAUACUGUUGAUAAACGAGGAAGACCAGUUAAUCAGUCUUCAUCGGAAAAUCUCAGAAAAUAUUAUGAUUUAUCUAGUGAAGAUGAUACUGAUGAUGAUGAUGAUGAUGAUGAUGAUAAUAACGAUGGUGAUAAUGAAAUAGAUGAUCAAGUUGAGAGUGAUAAUUCUACUAAAAAUAAAAAAUUAUCAAAGAAAAAAGAAUCAGUAAAAGCUGAUAAAAAAAUAAAAGUCGUUGAGAAAAAAAAAGUUAGCAAAAAUGAAAAAAUAAAUAACAAAAAAAUAAAGAAGAAAACUUGUGUGAAAAAAGAUGAAACUGAUUCAAGCGAAACAGAGAUUGAUGACAUUGAUAAUGAUGUACUCGGUGAAAAUGUUGAUUAUGAAACGAAUAAUUCUUCUGCGACAGAUGAUGAUGCAAAUGAUUCAAAUGUGGAAAAACCAGAGGUUAUAAAAAAUAAAAUCGAUAAAAAGAAAGAAAACAUGAAAAACACAAAUGCUAAAUUAAAAUCUAAAGUAUCAGAAAAGCUUAAAGAUCUUUCUGUUGAUUAUGCGAGAGGUAAGGGUGUACUUUUGUCGAGUAGUUCAUCAGAAGAAGAGUCAUCUGAAGAAGAGGAGGAAGAUAUUGAUCAUAAUUGGGGUGAAUUAGAUAAAGAUGCGGAACAAGUUGAUGAGCCAACAGAACGAUUGGCACUAUGUAAUAUGGAUUGGGAUAAAAUACGUGCUGUUGAUUUGAUGGUAUUAUUUACUUCUUUUUUACCACCAGGUGGUUUAGUACGUUCAGUAACAAUUUAUCCAACAGAAUUUGGGCUUGAACGUAUGAAAGAAGAAGAUAUAAAAGGACCUAUUGAGAUAACAGAAGCUAAAAGAAUUAAAGAUAAUAAUUUAAACAAUGAAACCGAUGAAAACGAUCAAGACUCUAAUAAUCAAAUGGAAAAAAUAAGACAAUAUCAGUUAAAUAGAUUGAAAUAUUAUGUUGCCGUUAUUGUUUUUGAUUCAAAAUCAAGUGCUGAAAAAAUUUAUACAGCUCUUGAUGGUAUUGAAUAUGAAUCAACAGCAACUAAAAUUGAUUUGAGAGUUAUUACUGAUGAUAAAGUAUUUAAUCAAGAACCUAAAGAAGUUUGUGACAAAUAUCCAGAUGUUUCAAAAUAUAAACCGAGAAAUUUUAUAACAACAGCACUACAACAGGUUAACGUUAAAUCAACUUGGGAUGAAAAUAAUAUGGGAAGACAAGAAUUUAUAAAAAAAAUUAAUUCUGGUCAAUUAGAUGAAAUUAGUAACGAUCUUAUUAGUACAUAUGUUAAAUUAUCUUCCAGUGAUGAUGAUGACUUAGACAAUGAAAAUUUUGAUAAUUCAAAUGAUGAAAUUAAAUUUAAAAAUGAUAAAAAACAAAGUAGAAUCGAUAGAUUUAGAUCAUUAUUAAAAGAAAUGGAAGAAAAUGAUAAUAAAAAGGAAGAAGAUGAAUAUGAAAUUGAGUGUACAUGGGGAUUAAAUUUAAAAGAAAAAAGUGAAAAAUUAGUUGAAGAGAAAAUGAAUAAUAAAGAUGAAUUAGCACCUUUUGAUAAAUAUUUGUUAAAACGAAAAGAAAAAAAAAAGAGUAAAAUACAAGAGAAGAAAAAAAAACUUGGAAACGUAUCUGACAGUGAAGAUUCUAUUCCGUCUGAUAUUGAUAUGAAUGAUCCUUAUUUUAAAAAUGAAAUUAUGAAAAUAAAAUCUAAUAAGACGAAUAAUAAAAAAUCUAAAAAAACUUCAACUCUUUGUAAUGAUGAUAAUGAUGAUGAUAAAGAUAAACAAGAUAAUGCUGAACUAGAAUUACUUUUAUUAGAUAAAGAAGAUGAAAAAUUAAAAAAUCAUUUUGAUAUGAAUAAAAUUGAAGAAAAUGAAGCAUCAUCAAAAUCAAAAAAGAAACGACUAAGAAAAAAGAAGACUGAAGUGAAUAAAAAUAAUUGUCAAGAUAACUUUACAGUAAAUGUCGAUGAUCCAAGAUUUGUUGCGAUUUAUAGUUCUCAUGACUACAAUAUUGAUCCUACUGAUCCUCAUUAUAGAAAAACUAAAGGAACUGAAGCUCUUGUAAAAGAAAAACUUAAAAGACGAGUAAAGAAUGAUAAUACAAUAGAGGAGGCACCAACAAAACGCCCUAAAGACAAUAAAACAUUAAAUGUUGACGUUGAGGCACUCGUAAAUCGUGUUAAAUAUAACACAAAAAAUAUGUCAAAAAAUAAAAAAAAGUAAAAAAUAAUUUAAUUAUAUUAGUACUAAAGAGAAAUUAAUGUAGUAGAUUUUAAGAGAUUACAUGAUUUUUUCAGAUUACUAAUAAAUUAUUUAAAAUAUA